CUGACAGACCAGAUCCUGUGAGAGAGUGAAGAACAGUGGACAGAGGAGACUGACCUUUUACCCAAACCUCCUCUACCUGUGAAUGACUUCCUGUGCAACACAUCAGCAAAGCUCUGCGGUUUUCUAUCGGAUUACAAAAGCAGGAUUUCUCUCUCUAACUCAAGAUAUAUCAUGAAGCUCUUCUUGUUGACUGUGCUGCUCCUGGUGGUGGGAGGAAGCACUGCAGAGAGAAUCCUAUCCAGAAGGACCAAGCGAGAGCUUGCCAGUCCCCUCCAUGUUGGCGGCAUCAGGGACCCAUUUGGCUCCUACUGCCAGAGGAGAGGAGGCUGCUGCCCUGGCAGAGACGACCUGUGCACGGUUCCCUACCUGGACACCAUCUGCUACUGCGACCUGUUCUGCAAUCGCACAAUCUCCGACUGCUGCCCUGACUUCUGGGGUCACUGUCUAGGGGUGGCGCCACCUUUCAUUGGCACCUGCGAAAGAAAUGGAAACAAGUUCUUUUCAGGGCAAACAUACAAAGAGAACUGCAAUUUAUGCACAUGUGGAACCACAGGACGUUGGGAGUGUGAGGACAAUGCCUGUCUGAUGGAGCCUGACAUUAUCCAUGCAGUCAACAGAGGAAACUAUGGGUGGAAGGCAGCUAACUACAGUCAGUUCUACGGCAUGACUCUCGACGAGGGCAUCCGGUACCGCCUGGGCACACAGAGACCCACCAGGACUAUUAUGAACAUGAAUGAGAUACAGAUGAACAUGGAUCCGCAGAAUGACCGUCUGCCUGCGUACUUCAACUCAGCAGAGAAGUGGCCAGGAAAGAUCCAUGAACCACUGGACCAGGGCAACUGUGCUGCAUCCUGGGCUUUCUCAACUGCAGCUGUGGCAUCAGACAGAAUUUCCAUCCAGUCAAUGGGUCACAUGACUCCUCAGCUGUCCCCCCAAAAUCUUAUUUCCUGUGACACGCGCAACCAGGGCGGCUGUGCCGGGGGACGCAUCGACGGAGCCUGGUGGUACCUCAGGCGUAGAGGAGUGGUGACAGAAGACUGUUAUCCAUACCAACCCCCACAGCAAACACCAGCGGAGGUGGGCCGCUGUAUGAUGCAGAGUCGCUCCGUUGGCCGGGGGAAGAGGCAGGCCACGCAGCGCUGCCCCAACACACACAACUACCAGAACAACAUCUACCAGUCCACACCACCCUACAGGCUCUCAUCCAAUGAAAAGGAGAUCAUGAAGGAGAUUAUGGAUAAUGGCCCUGUGCAAGCUAUUAUGGAGGUCCAGGAGGACUUCUUUGUCUACAAGAAUGGGAUCUAUAAACACACUGACGUCAGCUUCACCAAACCGCCACAAUACCGCAAACAUGGCACACACUCUGUCAGGAUCACUGGGUGGGGAGAGGAGAGACACUAUGAUGGGACAUCAAAAAAAUAUUGGAUUGCUGCCAACUCCUGGGGAAAGAACUGGGGAGAGAACGGCUACUUCCGAAUCGCUCGAGGGGACAAUGAGUGUGAGAUUGAAACAUUUGUGAUCGGUGUGUGGGGCAGGAUCACAAUGGAGGACAUGCACAACCAUCACCACCACCAUCGUCGCAGACACGUUUAGAGACACAACAGAUGUUAAAACCACACAAGACCUUUGUUUUUAAUCCCACCUAUAGCUGGUUUUUACCCGAGAGGAGAAACAAACCAUACCAAGAACUUCCCCACAUCCAGCUCGGACAGCCACAAAAUCAACCCCAGAGCCCCCGAACCCUCUAUUUUUAUACCUUACUUUCCAAUGGGGAUCAAUACAACCCCUCCACCUUUAUCCUUUUAAGAGAACACUCCGCACUCUCCCUUUAACCCAAGGUUUAUGGCACCAAAAAACUAAGAAAAACUCGACUAAGCUAAAGCUCUUCUACGUUGCCUUGCAAUUAGGCGCCUCAGGUACCUACUGAUCCAAAGACCACACUUCCCAGAAUCCUCAGCAUAAUAUCUGGUGAAACAUGUUCAUGUCAAAGUUGGGCGAUGACAGAAGGAGAAGCUCAAUCUGAUCUUUUUUAUUCUUCUUUGUGCUUCUUUGUCAACCUGAACCUUUAGUCUUUUCUAGCUUUAAAUCUAUAAUCCACACAGACCUAGUUUCACAAGCUCAGCUUGGAAAAGAGGAAAUUUGAGAGUCAGAUUAUCAGACAUCAGGCCCUUUCUGAGAGACACACCCAGCCGAACUGUGUAACAUGAUAAUAUAUCAUUGAUGACCUUACUGACAUUUCCUUGUCAGCCAUACAGACGCACGGUUUUCCUAAUUCCCUCAGUUUUAGAGAAGACACUUGUAUGGAGUAAGCAGCUGCAGGCGGUAGAGUUUCUCACACAUUCCAAUGAAAACGUAGACUCUAACACUGGAAACGGGAGGAGAUUUAUUAUAAUAAGAUUAAAAAAAACCUCUUAAUUGUGGUUUUAGGAGGGUUUACAGUGCUUUCGACCACGACCAGCAAUCAGAAUUACUCCCAUCAGACAUUUUAAAGCAAUUUAAUAAUGAAACAUACUAUAUCUCGGCCCUUCUUCUCCUUGUUUAUACUGGAAAGGACAGUGUCAGUAAGACAAGAUUAAACAUUUGGUCUUGGCUGCAGGUCAAAAAAUAAUUUCCAGUCACACUAAAUGAAAAAAGUCACCAUGAACAAUGAUAAACAUAUAAACAAAGGCCAUGCUGUCAUUCUUGACCCCACUGUCUCAUUUGGAAAAAUGAAACACUGAUGUGAUUAAAAAGGUUGUAAUUCCUUUAAGACACAGAGCGGUUUUAACCACUGCAAAAGAGAGUGUUUGUGUAUGGUAGUCUUAAUUUGCCCUGUUCUGUGUUCACUGUAACAAUUUGAGCUACGGAUGUUAUUUUUUUAUGUUGCAGUUAUAUUUUUAUUUUACUACGUGUUUAAAGAUGUACUGUAUGUAGUAACUUUCAUAACACACUCAUCACUCAGUCGCUUUUCUGCUUAGUUGUAACUGUUUGACCACAGCGAGGAGGAUGAGGGGGGGAUGCUAAUGCUAAAGUCCAGUUUGUGCUACAGUAUUUGACUGAUGAGUCUUUAGUUCGAUGCAUUUCGUAUGUAAUAAACUAAAUGUGAUGUAAAUCCACUUCUAACUAACGCCGAAACACCUGUUCAGGUCACCCAGUUUGCAGAUGAGCUGUUUGGCUUUAUGUUCUCAUAUUUUAUUUCUCCUUUUUAUUACUUUCUGCUGGAAAACUUAACAUGUUCCAACUUAUCAGCCGUGUGCCUAUCUUACACAGCGCUUUAUGAUGUCUUUAUUUCAACUGGUUAAGGCUGAUUGAGGGAUUUUCAGAUCUUCUUGGAGCACGGCCUCACUUGAAAAGGAAAGCAUAUUAUCGCUUACCUUAAAUUACACCCUGAUGUGCUUCAGCUGUAACUUCAAAAGGCUUUAUUUCUAUAUCGUCGUGUCUUGUGAUCUUUAAGGUCCCUGCAUCAUCUCUCCUUCAGGCAUGGAUAGGCAGAUAGACAUAAAAGCAAAGAGAAUGUCUGGAUGAAUAGGCAAUGUGCAAUGUGGCGGAUAGAUAAGCAUUAUUAUUGCAAUGUACUGAAUCUUUGCUUUCAUUCUGAAGUGAGUGAGGACAGGGGAAGAUGAAGAGCAGCCAAUAAACAUGAGAUGAACAACAGGUUUACAAUAAAUGACACCAAGGACAAUGUGGAACUGAGCUCUUUUGCCUGAAGAGUGAUUCAUUCUUUGUCAGCAGAAAGGAGGAGUUACUUCUUUUUAUAUAUUUUCAUCAUGUUACUGUAGCUCCUUUACAAAAGAGAAAACAUCAAUGGACAAAAUGUCAGCUGCUCAGUUAGUUUACAUUACUGUAUUGCAGUCUUCACUGAAUUGCACAGAUUGGUUUGUUUAAAGUGCAUGUUUUUACCAGUGAAGUUGUUAUGCCUUUAAAAUGAAUUAAGAUAUAGGGUAGUUACAGACAGUAUGACACUGGUGUGAAAAGCAGACGUGACUUUUUUUCAUUCAGAGUGAAGUAUUGGAAACAAAUCAAAGCGUAAAUUAAAGAGUAGAGACAUCUUAUUGCCAAUGUAAAAUUAUUUUGCCUAUACGUUGGAUUAACAGUUGGCUUGGACCUACAGUACAUGCUGUAUAUACACUGAAUACAUAUAAAAGAAGGGUUAAAAAAACUCUCCUCUUCUCUUUUAUAGCAUUGGGAAAUCAACUAUAUUACUAAAGAGUCUGCAAAACCCAACUUUAUUCCAUAGAAAUUGGUAUUACUUUCAGCAAUGGGAUUCUCCAACUACACAACCUCUCCUCCAAACCCAGCUGCAGCAGAUAUUCACUCAAAGUUGUUUAUUUUAUGUAAAAUGAACCACUCCAUAUUCACUGAUGUGUAGACAUUAUUUAUGACAAGAUAUGUAAAUUAUAUACUUUUAUUCUUUGUUUUUCCUGUGCAAUGUUUUCUCUCUGUCUCCUGUAUUGUGUACACUAAAUGCAACAGUGUUCACUUGUGCGGCACAAUAAAGUCUUUUCAAAACCA